AUGUCAAUCUUUGACGAUGCCCGCAAAGGGACCCUCAAUAAGACCCGCCUCAAUAGCUACCUCUCCAACAAUCCCAACGUCCUCGACCAACAAGAGCCCCGCUCAGGCCUGACCCCGUUGGCCAUCGCAAUCGUUCAGGGUUUCCCAGAAGAGGUUGAACUUCUCCUCAAGAGCGGCGCAAAUCCGGGCGGUCUCUCCGGAAAUGGAGCAACCCCCCUCCUCCUCGCUGCCUGGAGAACCACGAAGGAGCGUCCUCUCAUAAUUAAAUUGCUCCUCGCCAAGAUCCCCUCCGGCGAUGUAUCCAUCGAUGCCACUAUUCCUGCUGCUCAGAACAACACCCCGCUAAUGUACGCCGUCAAGAACAAGGAUCUCGAUUCGAUCCGAAUGCUGAGAACCGCUCGAGCCUCUUUAACUAUCAAGAAUGAUGAAGGUUUCAACGCGAAGGAGGUGGCAGAGUCCUUGGCUGACAUGGCUGUCGUUCGCGCGCUCGACCCAGAAAAGGAGACCUCUGACCUCACCAAGCUAGCGGCGUUGGCCCUGGGCUUCCUGCUCUACAUUGUUGCCUGGGUGAACACCGCCCUGGGCGGCGUUAUUCGCCGGGUAUUUGGGCUGAACCCCGAAGUAGACAAAAACACCGACCAGAAAGUGAAUGGUCCAGCCUUGACACCGAAGGAAGAGUUUGUGAAAAAUGUGGAUAAGUUCGUCAAGGGCACCCCAUUGGAGCGCCUGGCACAGAAGGCUAUAGACCUCCAGGAGGAUACCGAAGGCGGCGACGAAGAUGAUUUACAAAAAAUGAUCAAGGUGACUUUGCAUCAGCAAGUGAUAUACUGCGAUGAUAGUUCCUCGAUGAAGCGUGAAGACCGGUGGGAAAACCAGAAGAAACUCAUUAAACAGAUCACCCAGAUCACCACUCGCAUCCUUCCUGAGGGUGAAGGCGUUGCGCUGCGCUUCAUCAACCGGGACGUCGGCAACGCGUCUAACCUGACCCUCGCGGAGAUAGGGAAGAUCUUGGACCCCAUGCCGUGGCAACCUGGAGGUAACACCGAGAUUGGCACCUAUCUAAGGUCUAAAAUUCUUCAGCCCCUCGUCUACUCCAAGAUCAAAGAUAAAACGCUUGAGAGACCGCUCCUCAUUUCCAUCAUCACCGACGGCAUGCCAGAACCGGAAGACAAGUCCGAGCUGGCCAAUGCCAUUGUGGAAUGCGGCGAUGCGCUACAGAGCGCCGAUUAUCCUCGCGAAAGUAUGAACAUUGUCGCCAUUGCCAUAUACCUGAAGUGUCCCCUCUUAACUAAAUGCAUCUCCACAGGCGUGAAAUUCAUGAUUGGCCAGAUCGGGUCGGCGACCUCCUCCACGAAAUUUCUGGAUUCCCUCAGAAACAACUCGGCCAUCGCUCCAGUCAUUUUUGUCACUUCAGAUCGGCUUGAUUCCAAGUUUGCGGAUUUGCGUCAAAACUCUCGGGAACUAGAUCGAUGGUUAAUUGAGACCUUGUUCUCACCCCUCAAGGAACCGGACACCAAGAAGACCCAGUAG